CGGGAGGGAUGCCGAGCGGCGGCGGCGGCGGCGGCGGAGACUGUGGCUUUAAGAGCGCGCCGGGAUCCCGCGAGCCAGCCGCGCCGCCCUAGGCUGCUGCGCACCCCGCGGAGCCGAGCCCGGCGCUGGCCGGACGGGCGCCUGCUACCGGGCUGCUGAGAACCAGUCCUAGACCUCUGCUUGAGGGUCCUUGCUCUGAAGACGUCACCAGUGUGUGGAGCCUGCCCCACACCACCCCCUGCCAAACCACGGCCUUUACCUGUGUCUUCCGGUGUUUCCCGUGCGACCCAUCCUGUGGGAGGGCCUCGUGGGCGGCCCCAGAGUUCACCCCACGCUCAGCGGCGCCAAUGGUGAAGAUGACGAGAUCCAAGACUUUUCAGGCGUAUCUGCCCUCCUGCCACCGGACCUACAGCUGCAUUCACUGCAGGGCCCACCUGGCCAAUCAUGAUGAACUCAUUUCUAAGUCAUUCCAAGGAAGUCAAGGACGAGCAUAUCUCUUUAAUUCAGUAGUUAAUGUGGGCUGUGGGCCUGCAGAAGAGCGAGUAUUGCUAACAGGACUGCAUGCAGUUGCAGACAUUUACUGUGAAAACUGCAAAACCACUCUGGGAUGGAAAUAUGAACAUGCUUUUGAAAGCAGCCAGAAAUAUAAAGAAGGCAAGUACAUCAUUGAACUAGCACACAUGAUCAAGGACAAUGGCUGGGACUGAGCAGACAGCACCUCCUAACCCAGUGUCCACGUGAAUGCCAUCCAACCGAACAUCCUACCCCCGCGUGAGAGUGACUGAACACUUGGUUCCAUCCAUUUGGGGGCUUUGCCAUCUGGGGCGUCCUCCCACCCCAACACCAUCCUUCUGGUGACUGGCCUCAAAAUUGCUGUCUCUCUGUCUCUUUGCUUUGUAUCUGUCUGUGAGUCGCUCCUGGCUUCUGUCUGUUCUAGUGUUUGCUGAAAACAAAACAACUGAAGGAACAGAUCCUUGACCGCACGGCAGCAGCCCACCUUGCAGGGGCUCCCAGAGCCUUGCAGGAGCUGCCUGAGGGCCUCUUGUCAGGAGAGCAGCGGCACAUGGGUGUGAGGAGAGGGAAAAGGGGAACCCUGAGGUACUGGGGGUGGGCAGGGGGCGGGAGGAUGGAGAAAGGGACAGAAGUGCGCCGCUCUGGAAACACCCGGGAACUUUGGCUUGAAAUGUUCGACUAGUCUAAAUAGACAAAGAGGAGGAAAAAAAAUACCUCAUGACUGCAUUCUCUCUGAUCAGAGGCCUCGCUUCCUGCCACUGAAUGUGCCAGGAUCACAGAGGAGCACAGAGAGGCUCUGAUUCUAGCUGAUGGGGCAACGGGCCUGGUUUGCUCCAGCAGAGUUGGGGAAAGUCCAGGUAGCAGGGAGUACGGUGGGUGAACCAAGAUGGAUUUGGAUGACUGAUGCCUCACACAGCCUCCCGCUAAUCAUUGUGUUUGCCUCCUUAGUCCCUGAAGGCAGUGGGAGAGGGGACUGUCAUUUUCAAUGAGUGAAAGAUAGAAUAUCCCAAAGGCUUUGACCAUCAACCAAAUCAGAAAUUGAGGAGAGCAGGGUACAAGGAGAUGUUGCAGCUUGAGAGGUCCUGAAGAGUGGCUCAGAUAUUGAGCCAGUAAAACAAAACAUAGAGCCAGUUAGUAAUUCUGACUGUCUGCCUUUCUUUUCCUGACCCUCAAUAAGAGUAACAUGGCAGGGGGAGGGUUGGGAGGGACCAUGGGAGGAAUAGAUCAGAUUAGUGCAUACUUCCUCUUUGCUUAUCGUGGGAUCAGCAAUCCUUUGUUCAUAGUGUUUCAGCUGUUUGUCCAGUUCAGCCAUUGUAGACCAUGGAAAACACAGAUCUAAGGCUUGCAGCCUAGUGAUAACCUGGUUGGUGGGUUCUUCGUGCCCUGAGUUCUUUUUGGAGCUGAAUGUCUUAUGUGGUGAGAGCUCUGUCAAUGUGGUCCAGCAGUAGGGAGGGGUUACAGAUUCCAAUAUUAUCCUCUGCCCCCACCCUCCCAUCCAAACUUCAUUGUGUUAGGGAAGUGAAGAACAAAUCCCUGUAAGACUUGAGAAAGAAAAGUUUGUUACAAAUGUGUAACAUUCAACAUUCAACACUGUGAAGUCUGUUCAUUGGCAGUUCAGCCAGUAUACUGUGCAUGACUGAAACUUUUCACUGAGUUAAUUUCAUUUUGUAAGCUGAAAACUUUAAGAUACGUAUGUAUUAGGUAAUUCUUAGAAUCUCAUUCUGCAAGUAGGCUGAUCCUAUAGGAAAAUGUAGCUUUCAAGGUCUUUUAAAAAAAAAAAAAAAGAAUUCAUAAGAAUCUGUAAAAUUACUAGGGAUUUAGCUCAGCGGUCUAAGUGCCUGCCUGGCAAGCACAAGGUUAUGGAUUCGAUCCCUGGUACCAAAACAAAAAGAUUCUGUAAAAUUGAUUCACCAAAAUUAAAGCGGCCAACCCAGGAUGUUUUUAAAAUUACAUCUGGAGUAAACCUGAAUUCCCAUAGGGAGUGAGUCUGAUGGAAGUGCCUCUUUGUGUCCAUGGGCUAACUGCAGAAGGGGAGAUGGAGCAUCAACAUGGUCCUGCCCUUUGGGCAGCAGACGACAGGAUGACAGGAAGCAGGGUGGCCUGUGUCUAGCAGUGGACUGCCUCUCCACAAAAAGAAAGCUCCUAGAAGUUACCUGUGUUCCCCAAGGCUCCUUGUCCAGCCGUUUCCAGAGCUUUUGUAGCCGCGGUGAUUAUGUUGUUCUCCCUACUUUCUUGCAAGACAAACUUGGAAGGUUCAGAAGUGUUUUAUCUCUGCUCCCAAAGAAAUUGUCCCCUGGCUCCCAGGCCCAAGUUCUCUUAACAUUUUCAACUUUGACAUUCCUAAGCUGGCUUGCCAGUGCAGAAAUCAUGGAUUUCCCCUCUCUGUCCUUUUAAAGGAAAUGGCCUUCAUUUAUGGAUUUGAUUUGAUCCUUUGCCUAGAGAAUAUCCUAGCUAUUAAGAGUCCAUUUCAUUAAAAUUAAAAAAAAGAAACAAAGAACCAUCGGUGAGGGGUGCAAUCCAGGUAGAUGUUUUGUCUUAAAACUGCAGUUGGAACGUAGUGAAGCUGGACACAGGUGCCCUGGAUUGUCAGAGGGCAGAGACAGACCAUUGUGCCACACUGUUCUUCCUUAGGGAUGGGCCCUGGAUCACAGCAGGCUCCUGUCAGACCCUGAUUCUGGUGGCUGGUUACUAGCCAUUGAAUAUCUAGUGGGUGCACGGCACCAGACUUGAUGCAAGAGAGUAAGUAUUGGUUUUCGAGAGCUACAAGAAAAAAAGAAAACUCAUUAGGCUUCCCUUUGUGUCAGUGAAACCAAAAGUGCUUCUUAUACCUUUACGUUAACUCCACUUACAGCUUAUCAUUCUAACGGUCAGCAGUAUUGAGAGGCCGCCAGCUGAGCAGUGGAGACACAUCAACGCAUGGCCUCAGUCGGUUUAUUCCUUUUCAUUUCCUCACCAAAUUUUGACUCAGAGCAUAACCAAAGACCUCAUCCGUUCACCCCAUGUGGGUUCAGGGAGUCAGAGUCUGUUGGUUCUACUAGGGCAGGGGCUGGGGAGCAGCGAGGGGAGGGAGAAGUGAGAGGGAGAGGCAAGAAGCUCCACGCCUCAGCCACAGUGAGCCUGUGCCUUGAGCUGAAGGCCAGCUGGCAGCCUUGAGUUCCGUCUCCUGAGGUCACACGGCCUUGGCUACCUGGGGUACACCCAGCCCCCAGGAUGUAGUCACAGGCUGCUGAGGGGUUGAUUUGAUGUGAAUCAAGCACAGCCAAACUUGAUGCCCACAAGUUCUCAGCUGGCCUGACCUUAUGAUCAUGUGGGUAGGACACAGUGCGUCUUCAGGGGCGGAUCAGUGUGUGUGGUAUAAAGAAGUGUCCCCUUUAUAAUAAGAUUUUCAAGUAGAGAAAUAUCUAUAUCUAUAUAUAUAUAUAACAGUUGCUUGUGAAAUAUACUUUUGUAAAUAAUAUUUAAUUUUUUAAAUAAUAUAUUUGGUGCUGUUUUCUCAGAUCCCCUGAGAGCACUUUUUGUUUUAGAGCACUUUUUAUUUUCAUUUUAAAUCCUAUGAUUUCCUCUGCAUUUCUUGAAGUGUAUUUUAAGGGAAACAGUAAUCACCAAUAUACUUUUGUUUUUUAAAGACCUCUAUCACUUUAUUAUGAAUCAAGGCUUUAAAGCAAUGCCUGUCUGCAUUUUUCCCUCAAUGGAACAGACACUGCAAUAAAUUACCAGUUAAAAACUGAAAUAUUUUCUUGCAGUAGUAAUGGCUAGAAAAGAAAGUAAACAAAACCAAGUAAAUUUAAAGAUAAUGACUUGGGGCAAUUGCUCUUGUUGGAAGAAGUUCCAGCAAAUUGGAAUCUCAUUUUUAAGUGUGUGUCUUGAGUGUAUGCGUGUGUGUGCACGCGUGCAUGGGUGUGUAUGAGUGAAAGCACUUUGGACUGUGCCUCCUGCUUUAUUUUCUACUGGGGACACUAUACCUACAGUUUACACGUCGGGCGCAUAAAGUUUUUCUUCUUUCUCUUGGGUUGUUUUUGUUUCUGAGUGGACCAACAGCACAAGCCAGAGGCUUUUGUUUUCCUGAGCAUGGAGCUGUUGCCAGUUGAUUCCAAAAUUUUUCUUUCUUUAUGUGCUCAACUUUUAUAGACUGUAAAGGAAAUCUGUUUGUGAAGAUCAAGCAGAGUCAAAUCUGUGCUUCUGACUGAGAUGGGAGUGUAUUAAUCUCGGAUCCCAGGGCUCCAAUUGUUUUAGAAGCCAAUGAUGUUGAACAUCAACUGGUUUGGGUUAAAAGAGCAUUAAUAACAUAAUGUGCCUACCUUGUAGGUAAACAGCUUUUUUUUUUUUUUUUUUUUUUUUUAAGGUUAGAUUGCUUCAGGUUCAGAAAGAAGCUGGGAAAUCAAAUCUUGAAAACAAUCAACUUAUGCAUUUAAAAAGAACCUACCAAAAAUAAAUGCUAAUCCUGUAGGUAGAAAAAAUAAAUGAUUGAUUUUUGAAAGUUAAAACGCAGUCAUGAAACCUACUGUCAGUAAAAGAGAAAGCCAAGAGGAAACAAGCUGUUCUCUUGUUACCCAGUUCUCUUUGCCCAUGUUUUAUGUAACAUUUUGGAGAAAGUGGGAGUUGAUUUUCCCCAACCUACAGAGACUGUCUUAUAAUGCAGAAUCUGUCUACUUAUGCUUGUGUUUACAAACUGUAUUUGUUGGGUUUGGGUUUGUUUGUUUGUUUUUGUUUUCUUUGAUGGCAUUUUUUCAGGUCACUUUGCUUCAAUAACAAAGAUAAUUGUUUUUGAAUAAUUUGUCUUCACCUUUUCCUGUAUUUGUACAUAGUGAUUCAGUAUUACUGUAGAGAAAAAUGCAUUGUUUCUGUCAUUUUCCAAUCUGUGUUGGUGCUCAUUUGAGAAAAUAAAGUUUUCAAAUAUUAA